AAAAUGAUGCCUAACAACUAGUACUAGAGUCCUUAAAAUUCUUAAUUACCUGUACAAAGUUACAAGUACUUAGAAGUUGUGCGUGAAGAGGAUGCUGAAGAUGAGAAACCAACACAUAUUUUUAGCGAGAAUCUAACGGAAAGUUAAACAAGUAAAUUGAAUUCAUAUAAUAUUUUAAGGAAUGCUUACUGCCUAUACAACUCCAAUGAAGAACAUUAAACGAAAUGGAGGCAAUUCAUCAUCCUCAGGAAGGAGUCCCUUUUAAGAGCUCUAAAAAUCAAGUUCCAAUUAGGUAAUUCAAAUUACAGAAUGUUUAGAAAAUAUUAACAACUGUAACACCAAACAAGAAUUCAGUUUUGAAGUUCAGAUGACAUUUUUUUUAAUUUGCAUUUCCC